AUGGGCAAGAAUGGCAUCCAGUACGCAGUGGUCAGUAAUACUGCUCUGUACUCUCUUGCAGCGAUACUACCUUUUCUUAUCUCCCUCGCAGGAGGCCUGACAUCGUCGCCGUGGUCGUCGCAGGUGGACGCCUUCACGGCGGGGCCGUUCAAGGGCAACCCCGCCGCGGUGUGCCUCCUCGAGGACGCCGCCAAGGCCGCUGACGAGCGGUGGAUGCAGUCCGUCGCCUCCGAGUUCAACCUCUCCCAGACCGCCUUCCUCCUCCGGGACUCCUCCGCGGCCGGCGCCGCCCCGCGGUUCCAGCUCCGAUGGUUCACCCCCGCCGCUGAGGUGGAGCUCUGCGGCCACGCGACGCUGGCCUCCGCCCACUUCCUCUUCACAUCCGUCCUCGCGGAGCACGAGGCGCUCAUCGAGUUCUCGACCAAGUCGGGGAUUCAUACCGCCAAAAAGGUUGCUGCGCCGGAGAGUACGGGCGUGUUAGGCGAGGGGAAACUGUUCAUUGAGCUGGAUUUCCCCAUGAUUGACCUCGUUGAUUGCCAUCCUUCUGAGCUGCCGUCCAUCCCCGAGACGCUGAACGGAGCCUCCAUUGUCAGCGUUCACAAGUCAACGAUCGCUGGUGACCUCAUUGUGGAGCUUUCAUCAGGAAAAGAGGUUGCUGAUAUCAUUCCUAACAUUCAUGAAAUUAAAAUGUGUUCUGGCAGAGGAAUUAUUGUUACAGGGCCAGCGCCUGCUGGAUCUGGUUAUGACUUCUUCACGCGUUUUUUCUGCCCAAAAUUUGGGAUACCUGAGGAUCCCGUUUGUGGCAGUGCGCAUUGUGUCUUAGCACCUUAUUGGGGCGGGAAGCUGGGGAAACACAAACUGACGGCAUUUCAAGCAUCUCCACGGAGUGGAAUACUAUACCUGGAGUUAGAAGCUGCAGGCAGGAGAGUGCGAAUUCAGGGCGAAGCUGUUACUGUGAUGACUGGUACCCUCCUAGCGUAG